AUGCCCGACUCACUGCACAUUUUACUCAAGAACGACAGCGAUCUCGAUAACAUCUUUGCCUAUGUCACCGGCAUUGCCAUCCAACAUGACAGCAAACGAUGUCUCCUCAAAGCCAACGGCAAGGAUCUCUACUUUCCCAAGGAAGUAAAAGACAUUGGAUCUCAGCUUGCUGAAGACUGCGCAAUCCCACUUGGAGCUCCCGGAAAUGAAGUCAACAUCACCAUCCCACAAAUUGCUGGCGGUCGAAUUUGGAUAUCGGAAGGAAAUCUCACCUUCCUCCUCAAUCCUGGAGGUCCAGCUUUGGUAGAGCCUUCGGUGCUUAACCCUAGUGAUCCAAAUGCAGGCGUCAAUUUUGGAUUCGCGGAGUUCACACUCAACGAUGCUCAGCUGUACGCCAACAUUAGCUAUGUCGACAUGGUGCCAAGAAUACCCAUCGCUCUCACUCUCCAACAAAACUCUGGAGAAGUUCAACAUGUUGCAGKCAUGGCUCCGGACGGUCUUGAUCGAAUGGCAGAGAGCCUUGCCACACAAGCACAACAAGAUGGCCAACCAUGGGAUAAACUGGUAGUGAAUCGUGACGGUCGGAAUCUUCGGAUUCUAAACGCUACACACGGAGGUGCAGUGGAUGCCAAUUUUGACGGCUACUUUGAACCUUUGGUUGAGCAAGUCUGGGAGAAGUACAAGUCCGGCACGAAGAUGAAGAUCAACACUCAAGCUGGAGAGGGCGUAAUUGAGGGCCAUGUAAACCACAAAGGAAAGCUCAAGAUCGGCGACGAGGAAUUCGACAAGCCCACGACUGCAGACAUUCUUGGUUGUAACAGCGGGCCCUUUACCACUGGGCCUUCACCGGUUCGAAAUGCGAUUAUACCUCGACUAGCCGCAGGGUUUGUUCGAUCAGCUUUGCUCACCACGGAGAGUCAUCCAUCCACGCCGGAUACGUUUUAUCAGACAGACCCAACCAACCACUACGCUCGUCUAGUUCACGAACACAAUGUUGACCGAAAAGGAUACGCCUUCGCAUAUGACGACGUCCAGCCUGAUGAAGGAGAGGAUCAAAGUGGGAAGGUCAAUGCUGGAGAUCCCGUUCUCUUCACAGUGACUGUUGGAGGCAAGAGCGCCGCAGUGGGAGGUGAUGUGAAGCCAGCACCACCACAGUCUGAUGAAGGCCAGUCGUACGAUCGACCACCGCCUCCUCCUCCUCCAGAGGCUGCACCAGCUCAGCAACAGAGUGGAAGGCAAAAGCUGCUGGGCAAGUUGGGAGGCUAUGCGAAGGGUCUCAUGAAGUGA